AGAGAGCAUUUCUUUAAAUCGAGUAGUAGGUAAGAUGUAAUCGAGAAACAGCUAGGUGGUCUACACAAGAUAUCGGAUUUUGGUUGACUUCACCUUAUUAUUAGCUUAGGGCUUAGGGUGCUGGCCUGUACCCGAGGGAGGGAGGGAGAGGGAGAGUAGUCAGUAGAUAAUGACGAAUAAAGCCAAAUUUUCAUCCACAGCGCCCUCCUUGUCGCAUCCAACUUACCGACGAGGCACCGGCACUGAAGUGAAUUGAGGUCAAAGGCAGGCAAGCACGCUGCACUCGGAACAGAAACUCAUAUAGCAGGGAUACAAACCCGCCCUUGACCCCAAAAUCCACAUAUUCUUAUGGCUGAGAGCAGCAGCGACAAUGGAUCAUCAUCAUCCUCGCCGCCUAUAAUCCGAAUCCCUCGAGACCAUCUCUUCUCCAUCCUGCUCCUCUUACCCAUAGAGUCGAUCUUAUGCUUCGCCAUGACCUGUAAAAGGCUGAGGUCCUUGACCUAUUCUGAUCCUCUGUGGGAGACUAUCUGCAGGAGGGAUUGGGGGCAUGCCCCUGUCGACGCUCUCAACGCUUCUAUCCGUCUUCCCUGGAAGAAGGUGUACCAGCAUGUGUGCCAGUCCGACUCCUUAUAUUGCUACAGGCUCUUGGCUGAUUGCCCCAGCCCUAGCCCAGACGGGCAUCAGGCGCUACUACCCACCCCCCGAGCUUCUCAUUCGCUGAAUAUUGUGUCUGGAUGCCUGCUUCUCUUCGGCGGGGGAUGUGACGGAGGCAGGCAUCUUGAUGACUCCUGGGGAGCAUGCAUCAGUGGCAACUUCAGAACAACUUUGAAGUGGCAGAAGACUAGCUCUGGCACUCCAAGUGGUAGGUUCGGUCAUUCAUGCGUUGUAGUUGAUGAUUGCAUUGUCCUGUUUGGAGGCAUCAAUGACCAUGGGGUCCGUCAAAACGACACAUGGAUUGGUCAGGUCACAGUCCAUGAAACUCUUGGGAUUACACUGUCCUGGCGCCUGCUUGAUGUUGGGUCAACCACACCCCUUCCACCUCCAAGGGGUGCCCACGCUGGAUGCUGCAUUGACAAUAAAAGAAUGCUCAUCCAUGGCGGCAUUGGACCUCCUGGUGUGAGACUGGGGGACACCUGGGUUCUGGAUCUGUCGGAAGAUCUCUAUGUGGGAACCUGGAGAGAAAUUGCAACUCGGACGCGCCCUCCAUCCCGCUCAGGGCACACGUUGACACACAUUGGAGGAACACAAACUAUUCUUUUUGGAGGGAGGGGUAUGGGAUAUGAGGUGCUAAAUGAUGUGUGGAUUUUGGAUGCUGCAUCGUUCUCAUCGUCGGGGCACUGGGAAUGGGGACAGCUUCUCUUUGAUCUGUGCAGUAUACCACAAGGGUUGUCGCUCCCUAGAGUAGGGCACUCAGCCAACCUUAUAAUAGGGCGCAAGCUGCUGAUCUACGGGGGGGAAGAUUCAUACAGGCAUCGCAAGGAUGACUUUUGGGUGCUGGACAUCAGUUCGGGGUUGCAGUUGCAUACUGGAAACCGGAUGGAGAGCAGCAGCAGCAGCAGGAGAAGAAAAAUUUGGAAGAGGGUAGAGUCCAGGGGCAACAAUCCUGGCUGCAGAUCAUUCCACGGAGCCUGCGUUGAUGGGUCUGGGCGUUUCUUGUAUGUGUGUGGAGGAAUGGUGGACGGACUAGUGCAGCCUGCGGACCCAUCUGGAUUGAGGUUUGAUGGAGAGACUUUCAUGGUGGAGCUUGUGCUGCAGCAGCAGCAGAAGCAACCUUAUUCGUAAAUCCCAGACCAGUGGCAGUGCUGGAGAGGGAGAGAGAGACAUUGAAGGGAUAGAUAGAAUGGGGAUGGAUGGAGAG